CACCCAUAGAGAUUCGAAACAAUUAAAACAUCCAAAAAUAUAUUUCUGGAAAUUCCCAGCAGCUUUAGUGACCACCCAAAAUUUGUCACUAAAAGCCUGUAACGCCUGUUGCUAAAAACCCAGAAUUGCACACUCACGAAAAAUCCCCAAAUUAAUCGACCUAACUCAAAGUGAUCGAGUUCCUUUACCUCUAGAACGUGCCUAGGCCUAGGUUGGAUGACUCGGGACGUUGAUCUACUCGUUGAUCGAAACCUCAAACGUCACCGCUAAUAAAAAACGAGCUUCGGAUUAGACUAUCGAUGAAUCGAGUUUAGAAAUCGCGAAGGGGUUUGUGAUCCUUACACACGAAAGGGAUGGGAUCGGGAUCGGGGAACGGGGAACGAGGUCCGGAGCCGACGCUCUCUUUCUUUUCUUCUUCUCGCCGCACUGGGGAAACGAGACGGCGACAGUGGGGUUUGCGGCUGGGAUGAAUAAUUGGGGGAGGUGGGUUUCCUGGGGAAGGAUUUGGCGAGGGGUGAUUUUUAAUUGUGGGGAGGGGGAAUAUUUAUUCCCCAGAGAGAUGGGUCGGGGAAAGUUUUCGAGGCCAUGGAGGCCGCUCGGCCUUUUUGCCGAAUUCUUUUUUUUUUACACUAAUAGUAAUAAUAAUAUAAUGGUUAUUAUUAUUAUUCAUAAUCUGCGGUUGCAACCCUUUGUACGUAAUCGUCGAUCCAACAAUUUGGUCGAACCUAAACCCAAAUAUCAGGGUGUUACACAAGAAAGGAGUCGAGAACCUUGCGGUGGAUCACCUUUCCCGACUUGAAGGUCCUGGGGGGAGCACUUUCCAAGGCGAGAUUAAUGACAUUUUCCGUGAAGAGAGGUUAUUCGUGCUUGUCGUGGCUGAGAGUGCCACCCAUUUGUUCGUCGAAUUCGCAAAUUAUUUGGUCGGACGGAAGCUCCGAAAGGGGAUGAAUACAAAUGAUGAAAAGGAAAUUUCUUUCCGACCUCGUAUACUACUUUUGGGAUGAUCCUCACCUUUUUCGGAUUGGGGCUGAUGGGAUCAUUCGAAGGUGUGUACCGGAAAGGGAAAUGAUGGCUAUUCUUAGACAAUGUCAUGAGGGACCAACUGGAGACCAUCACGGUGGAAACCGCACCACAAGAAAGGUGCUUCAAUCGGGAUUCUACUGGCCAUCGCUGUUCCGGGAUGCUGAUUCAUUCGUCCGGCAUUGUGAUAGCUUCAAAAGAACAGGUAAUGUCUCUAACCUAAAUGAGAUGCCCCAAACAGUUUCCAUCAUAUGUGAGAUUUUCGAUGUAUGGGGCAUAGAUUUCUUGGGCCCUUUUCCCUCGUCUUUUGGAAAUAAGUACAUUCUAGUAGCCAUGGACUACAUCUCAAGGUGGGUGGAGGCGCAACCCUCCCUACCAAUGAUGCAAGACGAGUUGUGGAUUCCUGAAGCAAUUGUUUCACAUUUCGGGACCCCGAUGGUCAUCAUUAAUGAUCGAGGAACCCAUUUUCAAUUGAAAUUCGACAAACUCCUCGAUCGCUAUGGUGUCACCCAUUGGGUUUCCAUAACCUACCACCCUCAAAGAAGUGGUCAGGUUGAAUUGUUAAAUAGGGAACUAAAGAGGAUUCUGGAAAAGACCCUGGACCAAUCCCGCAAGGAUUGGUCUGCAAAACUCGAUGAUGCUCUAUGGGCAUAUCACACGACUUACAAAUACCAAUAGGCGUCUCGCCUUACCAAUUGGUGUACAAAAAGCGUGUCAUUUGCCUAUAGAGCUAGUGCACAGGCCUUUCUGGGCCACCAAACUACUGAAUAUUGACCAUACUUUGUGUGGAAAUGAGAGAAAGUUGCAGGUGCUAGAGCUCGAAGAGUGGUGUCUUCAGGCCUACGUAAACACCAAGAUUUACAAGGAGAAGAUGAAGCAUCUGCAUGACGCAAGACUCAAAGGGAGGAAAUACUUUCAAACAGGGGAGCAGGUGCUUUUGUACAACUCUCGGUUACGACUUUUCCUUAGAAAGUUGAGAUCAAAACGGUCAGGCCCUGCGCGGUCAACCGAGUGUUUCCAUACGGAGUAGUGGAGAUUUCCCACCCAGAGAAAGAAAUCUUCAAAGUAAACGGACACCGUCUCA